AUGGAGUCUGACAACCUGCGCACCGCGUCCUUAUACAUCAAUAACCAACUGCUUUCCCGGGGACUACUUCGAAAUGGGCAGUCGAUUGAGUUUGCACGCCCAGAGAAAGGAGAGGGAGGACUCGAAGGGACUAUGGGAAAAGUUAUGAGUGUUAUAAAUGACCUAAUCUUGCGACGAGAUCGCGACGCAACACAGCGCGAGAACCUUUCCCAGACAAUACGCACCAUUCAGGCCGACUCCCUCCGACAGACAACGGAUUUAGAACGCGUCAAUACGAAAUAUGUGGAAGCUCAGCGCAAAGUCGGGCUGGCCGAGGCAAACGAUCGCGCAUUAAAGCAACAGAUCCGGAGCGCGGAGCAGACGGCCAAGGGACUACGUGAAGAAAUGGCGCGGAUGAAGAUUCUUGUAAAUCAGACAAGGAAUUCUUGCGCAAACGAAGUCCGGAAACGAGAACGUGUUAUUGAAGGCUUAAAGAAACAUGUCGGGGAAGGAGGUAGAGCCAGAGGCAGCGGCAAAGCGGUCGGCGUGAUAACUGUCAAUGUGGUUGCUGGAGUUGGAGGCGAGACAAAGGGAGGAGAAACCACGAGCAUUAAUGACACUGGUUAUGAUUUACGAACGGAGACAAAUGAGUUCUUGACUGAACUGGCAAGAGGCUUGAGCGAAGACAAUGAAAACAUGGGAGGCUUGCUGAGGCGGACUGUUGACACUUUAAGGACUUUAAGUGGCUGCGAGAAGGACAAUACAAGAGACCUUGGUAUGGUUGUACAAAUGGAAACUGGAUAUGAAGCACUUGCUGGAGAUAUGGAAUACGUAAUCGAGCAUUUACGGCAUAUUCUCACGAAUCCGUCUUUCGUGCCGCUGGAAGAAGUGGAAGUCCGAGAAGAAGAAAUCGCCCGCUUACGUGAUGGAUGGGAGAAGAUGGAGUCACGUUGGCGAGAAGCCGUCCAAAUGAUGGAUGGUUGGCGCAAACGGAUGUCGAGGAGUGGUCAAACCGUCAAUUUAGAAGAGCUGAAGAUGGGACUUUCGCUUAGUCCCUUGAAAACGAAGGAGGAGGCCGUGGAAAACGCCUACCAGCUUUCUACGCUUAUGGAAGAAGGCGAGGGUGACACUCAGGCCGAUAUCGAUGCAAUGGACGAUUCUGGAGUACCUGGCCAGAACGAAUUUCAAGAACCGGAAUUCGAUGAAGAUGAUUCAGAACUGUCGGAAUCAAGCAUGUUCGAGGAUGAGCCACUUGAUGAAGCAUCCGAAGAGCAGCCAAGUGAACCCUCUGAAGUCGAAGAACAAGAGGACAAGACUUUUGCUACAGCUUCAUCGCUCUCUCCGGGACCACCUCCCCAACUCUCGCCAUUGCGAGAAACGAAUACGAAAGGAAAUCAAGGCAGUCCCUCGCCGCAAAGGGAUGGCUUCUCCACGAUCAUGGAAGAGAAUACUUACGAAUUACUCCAACUCGAAGCUGGUACACCAGCCAGGCCGAAGUCGACUCCUAAAGCCCGAUCGCAGACACCAAAGAAUCAGGAGAAUCCAGACUUAUCACUUGACGAGAUUUCCCUCCUCAAGACGUCAAAAGUUUCACAGCGAUCACCCCGGAAAAUCUCCAACCCAACUCCAAAAUCCUCACGUCCGGCUGCUGCACCCAAACUUCAACAGACUCCGUCCAGUAAACUACCCAGACCCAGGGACAAUCUUCCACAGCAGAGUCCAUUAACCAUGGCAAGCAUCGCAGCGAAGCUUGCAGCGACGGAAAGAGAGGCGGAUGCUGCUCGAGUACGAGCAAAGAUUAAGGCUGCUAAGCUAAGUCGAGUGAAUGCUGCUGUAGUUAAUGUUGAUGCUACAAAACUUAUGCCUCCUCCCCCGAGAACGAACGAGCUGGUGGACGAUGAAGAUGCUGAGCCUGUAAAAUCUGAUGCAGGCCAGAACAGAAAACGCAAAGCCACCGGACGUACACAAGGCGGUCGGGCCAACAGGAGGAGGAGUACGUUGAGUCCUUGGGAGCUGGAAAGCCUGAUACUAGGUGGGGUCACGACACUAAGUACGAUUCUGGUCCAACAGAAAGUAUGGCAGACAUCGGUAGUUCAGAUUGCCUUCGAGCAUGAAUUCCUCCUGCGUGAGAUUCUGGCGCUGUCGUGUUUACAUCUCGCACUCACAGACGAGCGGACAGCUCCACAACUCAAAAUUGAGUCUAUCAAACAUCAACAGGCUGCUCUUGCACAAUUCCGUCCUCUCGUCAAGUCCGCGGAUCUCGAGGCUGCAACUCGUCAAUCCGUGUGGCUAUCUUCCUGCUUCCUUUCCAUAAGCUCGUUCGCUCGCGUGAGAGUAGAGGGAAGAUUCCAGAUGGCAGAGCUGGCUGGUAUAGAUGAUUUUCUGACGUGCGCCCGCUUCGUACGAGGUACGGUGACACUGAUGGAGAAUUUUGGACAAUCGACCCUCUUCAAAGGUCUGGAUCGCCUUUUGCAUCCUGGAGUACUGACUGGCGAAAACCCUCUCACUGCGAACAACCCAACGGAUGAUCUCAUUGCGCUUUCUCGACUAUACAUCGCUUGCAACGCCGAGCCAUGCGCGACGAUCGCUCUCGUAUAUCAUGAAGCCAUUCAAUUGCUUCACGAGCAGUUCACAUUACUAGACGCCAUCGCUCGGAACGAAGACUCGCAAUCGCCAAUCUUUGUUGCGCUUACGUGGCCCGCCGCUGUACCUGUAAAUUAUUUGACUCUUCUGGAAGGAAGACAACCACUUGCUAUUUUAAUACUGGCAUAUUACGGGGCCUUGUUGCAUCGAGUCGACUUCUUUUGGUGCUUUAAGGGCUGGGGAAGGUAUCUUGUCAAAAGCAGUGUAUCUUCGAUGGGUAAUGCAUUUGAUGAGCUUUUGACAUGGCCGAAGACUGCGGUUGGGUUGUGUUUAUGA